CGUGAAUGCGAUUGAAUUCGUUUCGGAUUAUUUUGCUCCUGGCGCUGCCCCGCCAGAUGCCGCAGCGCUCCACCUGGCAAGGAAAUAUUGCAAUAUCUGCUCUCGUUUCGGUUGCGCGCACGGGUGAAAAAACAUUACAGCUGCUCCCUGCGGACUUUGACAACGGAACAACUUUGCACACCUGGCUUACGGUGGAGACGUUUAAACACCUAGAUUGCCCAGAUGCACCAUGUCUUCGGGAGACCAGCCACCGCCGCCGCAGGUUCACCCCCUGAUUAAGCCAACCUUCACUGAAAAGCAAGCCGCCGAACUGGUCCGAAGGAUAUUUGGACUGGAAGCCUCCCAGCUCAGGCCGCUGCCCAGCUACGAUGAUCAGAACUUCCACGUGAGCACCGCUUCCUUCCCAGAGAAAGGAGAAAGCCCCGGGGACUUUGUCCUCAAAAUUAUAAACGCUGAAGAUAGCCAGAAUUCAGAUCUGGUCGAGGUUCAGACUCAGAUCAUGAUGUUUCUGAACGGCGAGGGCUUUCCUGUGGCCAUGCCGCGUCUCACCCUGGAUGGCAAGGUGUUCUUUCUGGAAACAGUAGAUACUGGAUCUCUCACCCAGAGGUUUGUGGUGAGGCUGUUGAGCUACUUGCCUGGAAAAACUGUAGCCACCAUCCCUGUGACUCCUCUGAUUCUCUACAACAUUGGACAGAUGGCAGCCAAACUCGACAAGACGCUGGCGGAGAAAUUCCAGCAUCCGUUGAUAAAAAGUUUACACAGGGGUCAAUUUAUCUGGAAUCUGUCAAAUGUUCCUCUUCUGAAAAAUUACCUGUAUGCCCUUGGCAAGAACGAAUACCUGGACGCAGUGAAACAGGUGAUUGAGCAGUUCCAAGUUAACGUCAUUCCAAAACUGAGCUCUUUUCGAUCCUGCAUCAAUCACGGGGACUUCAAUGACCACAAUCUUCUAGUUGAUGUGGUUUCCGCAUCCCCUCCAGAACUGCAGUACAGAAUCUCCGGGAUCUUGGAUUUCAGCGAUAUGAGUUACGGCUACUACGUGUUUGAAGUCGCCAUCGCCAUCAUGUACAUGAUGAUUGAAAGCAAAGACCCUCUCUCGGUGGGGGGACACGUCCUGGCUGGGUUUGAAAGCGUGGUCCCUUUGACCCCGGAAGAGCGAGACGCCCUCUUUCUCCUGGUGUGCGGGAGAUGCACCAUGUCUUCGGGAGACCAGCCGCCGCCGCCGCAGGUUCACCCCCUGAUUAAGCCAACCUUCACUGAAAAGCAAGCCGCCGAACUGGUCCGAAGGAUAUUUGGACUGGAAGCCUCCCAGCUCAGGCCGCUGCCCAGCUACGAUGAUCAGAACUUCCACGUGAGCACCGCUUCCUUCCCAGAGAAAGGAGAAAGCCCUGGGGACUUUGUCCUCAAAAUUAUAAACGCUGAAGAUAGCCAGAAUUCAGAUCUGGUCGAGGUUCAGACCCGGAUCAUGAUGUUUCUGAACGGCGAGGGUUUUCCUGUGGCCAUGCCGCGUCUCACCCUGGAUGGCAAGGUGUUCUUUCUGGAAACAGUAGAUACUGGAUCUUUCCCCCAGAGGUUUGUGGUGAGGUUGUUGAGCUACUUGCCUGGAAAAACUGUAGCCACCAUCCCUGUGACUCCUCCAAUUCUCUACGACAUUGGACGGAUGGCAGCCAGACUCGACAAGACGCUGGCGGAGAAAUUCCAGCAUCCGUUGAUAAAAAGUUUACACAGGGGUCAAUUUAUCUGGAAUCUGUCAAAUGUUCCUCUUCUGAAAAAUUACCUGUAUGCUCUUGGCAAGAACGAAUACCUGGACGCAGUGAAACAGGUGAUUGAGCAAUUCCAAGUUAACGUCCUUCCAAAACUGAGCUCUUUUCGAUCCUGCAUCAAUCACGGGGACUUCAAUGACCACAAUCUUCUAGUUGACGUGGUUUCCGCAUCCCCUCCAGAACCGCAGUACAGAAUCUCCGGGAUCUUGGAUUUCAGCGAUAUGAGUUACGGCUACUACGUGUUUGAAGUCGCCAUCGCCAUCAUGUACAUGAUGAUUGAAAGCAAAGACCCUCUCUCGGUGGGGGGACACGUCCUGGCUGGGUUUGAAAGCGUGGUCCCUUUGACCCCGGAAGAGCGAGACGCCCUCUUUCUCCUGGUGUGCGGGAGGUAUGCCCAGUCGCUGGUGGUUGCUGCCCACACCACCCUCCUGCACCCAGAGAACGAAGAAUAUUUAAUGAUCACGGCCAAAACGGGGUGGAAGCAUUUGAUGAUGCUAGUCGAGAUGGGCCGAGAGACGGUUGAACAAAUCUGGUUUCAGACAGCGGAGUCCUAUCGGAAAUGACCCGCCACGAUCUUUGAGAACACCGUUAACAGAUAUUAUCAAGGUGGAAAUUAGGAGAAGUUGGCAGAAUUUGUUUUUUAAAAAAAAGCACACCUGGGAAAGUUUUAUGUUGCUACUGAAGAAUUGUUUUCAGGCCCUGUUAUACGUGUAAAAUACGGUUAGGUUUUAUUUUGGCACUUAUGCCAGAAGAGAGAAAGGAAAUAUCAAACUGUCUUGCUUUGGCGUUCAGAUGUUCCGCUGGGAAUUGGCAGCAACUAUCAGUCUUCCUGCAGAAUGGAAAUUUGUUGACAUCUUCAUUAGCACAUUCUGCCCUUUUUUUGAAUAAAGCAAUGCUUCUUCGUAGCUUUUGUCAAAGGGUUGGUAUGAAGCACUUGUCAGCUUUUGCCCCUGUCUGCUACGGAGAGAAUUCAUAGAAAAUGGUUGUAAAUCUUCCUCUGAACAUUCAGCAAAGUGGUUUUAUUAAAUUCUGUAUCUCUCUGCAAAGCACAAAAAAAAAACCUUUUGGGCCUCCUAAGACUUGACAUCCAUGUUAAAAAUGGGAAAUCCAAGGCUAAUAGGCUACGUUGUGAAAGUUUAUUUCCUCCUUUGGAAAACUCCACAAGAGACUUCAAUGCCCUGGAUAUUAGAAACCCCAUUGAGGCUCAGUUCCUCUGCAAUAAAAACCAAAUUGCUGCUGGAUUUCAAUAAAAUAUAUAGAUAAGA